AUGACAAUGUUGUGGCGUCGCCGAGGAGAGGUAUUGGUGAAAGACCGAGCAGUAUUCGUAGAGAGUGCCUUCACUUCACUUGUGGCUUCAAUGUACCCGGUAUUUAAGACAUGCGAUGACAAAAGUGCGUUCGACUGGGGAAACAACGUUCGGAGCUUUGUUUCGGACAUUCCCGGAAGUUAUGUGGAAGUACUUGACCCGUACGUCGACUACAACCAUAAAGAAGCUGUGGUCGAAGCGUACAUGGAACCGGUCGUUCAGUCAAUGCCUUGGAUACUCAAGCGUUACAUGGCACCCAAUGUUGCUAAGAACAUUUCCACCACUGCAUACGGGUGGGCGAGGACCGGUGGUCUAUAUCAAAACACUAGGGCUGGUGAUUGCGGACCUUGCGCGGCGAAGUUCCUAGAGAUGCACACACAUGGACUUCACGAAGAAAUGUCUACGGUGAUUGAUCAGGAUGUGGAUAGGUUUCGUGAGAAAUAUGCUAUGGACUGUUACGAGGAGUUCGUGGGGAAAGAAAAUGUAGCAAACAAAUGA